UGCGCAUGCGUGCUCGCUAUGACAGGGCGGUCCUGCUUGGGCCUCCGUACGUCUCUCACUUGUCAACGGAGGGCGACGGCCAAGACGUUGAAGCUGAUGGGGCAGGCAGAGAUCGGUACACAUUAAAUAAAAAACAGCAACAAUGCAUCAUGGUAAUGGACCAACGUCAACCCCUCGCCAAUUACAGAGGUCCAGAUCCUUCACAGGAAAUGAUGGGGAAGAAGUAACCAUGCAGACAAGUUUACCCCAGUCACCUGCUCCAUCAUUUACCCCGGCUGUUAGUUCUCCUGCACCCCAGUCACCGAGUUACCAAAUACAACAGCUUAUAAUGAGCAGGAAUCCAGUGGCUGGUCAAAAUGUAAAUAUAACCUUACAAAAUGUAGGGCCUGUGGUUGCAGGAAAUCAACAGAUUACGCUUACACCACUGCCAAUUCCUAAUCCUGCUUCACCUGGGUUUCAGUUCAGCUCCCAGCCAAGAAGAUUUGAACAUGGUUCCCCAUCUUAUAUUCAAGUGACCUCCCCAAUGUCUCAACAGGUACAGACUCAAAGCCCCACACAACCCAAUGCAAUGCCAAUUCAAGCAUUACAGAGCGUAAGAACCGGGACUGCAGGGGCUAGUUUGGGUAUGUGCAGCCAGAGUCCUACACGUGGCUUUGUUGAUGCCAGUGUGCUGGUGAGACAGAUAAGUUUAAGCCCAUCUAAUGGAGGUCAUUUUGUUUUUCAAGAAGGAACUGGUAUUGCACAAAUUGCACAGGGGGCCACAGCACAAGUACAGCUUCCUGCUGGAGCAGCACAGGCUACCAUGCACGAACGUAGACUUUCCCAGCCCCAUUCUCAAACAGGUGGCACCAUUCAUCAUCUUGGACCUCAAAGUCCUGUUGCAAGUGGUGCAAAUAUGCAGACUUUAACUACUCCUAGCCACAUAACAACUACCAACUUACCACCACAGAUAAGUAGCAUUAUUCAGGGUCAGCUCAUCCAGCAGCAGCAGGUGCUUCAUGGACAGCAACUGGGCAGGGCCAUCAGCUUUGACAGAACUUCUGGGGGGAUGAUAGCUGGAGUGACUGGUGCUUCAUUUGGAAUGACCUCACCCCCUACGCCAACAAGUCCAUCCCGUGCUGCUGGUCCCCAGGGACUCUCUAAUCUUCCCCUCACCACAACAGUGAGCACCACUCACAAAAAACAGUGUAAGAAGCUGGAAGAAAUCCCCCCUGCUACUCAAGAGGAAGCUCGAAUGAGGAAGCAGUGCUUGGAUCAUCACCAAAAAAAUAUGAAGGUUCUAAAGGAAAACUUUAAGGAGUAUUUGAUAGAGCUUUUCUUCCUGCAACACUUUCAGGGCAACAUGAUGGAUUUCCUGGCAUUUAAGAAAAAACCCACUUUGGGUCUUCAAGGUUACCUUCGACAGAAUGACUUAGAUCUAGAAGAGGAAGAAGAGGAAGAGCAGUCAGAGGUUAUCAAUGAUGAGGUAAAGAUUGUGACAGGAAAAGAUGGGCAGACUGGUACUCCUGUUGCUAUAGCAACCCAGCUUCCUCCUAAUGUUUCUGCUGCUUUUUCAUCUCAGCAGCAGCCAUUCCAGCAAACACUUACAGGGAGUGGUGCAGUAGGAGCAGCAAAUACAAUAGAUAUUGAAGCCUUUAAGAGGCAGCAAGUGCUUACACAAACAGAUCCCAGUAAGAGGCCACGACUUGAUGUGCCUAGGCAUGGAAUGGUGUUCCAGCAUCCAGGGGUGACAUCAGGGGUGCCACUUCAGCAACUCAUGCCUACUGCACAAGGAGGAAUGCCACCAACUCCUCAGACUGUACAGCUGACGGGGCAGAAGCAAAACCAGCAGCAAUAUGAUCCCUCAAAGGGUCCACCAGUGCAGAAUGCAGCUAGCCUGCACACACCACCUCCUCAGCUACCUGGCCGGGUACAGGCCUCUAACAUCCCUAUUUCCUCUCUCCCUACUGCUCUGCACCUGGCACAGCAACAACAACAGCAGCAGCAGCAGCAGCAGCAGCAGCAGCAAAUCAAUGAAACUCAAAUUCAGCCACAAAUUCAGGUGCAAGUUAAAUCCCAGCCUCCCAAUGUACAGAUUUCGGCUUCUCCACAGAGUCAACUGCCUUUGCAGAUAUCACAGCCACUGCAACCUGGGUUCCACACUCAAAUGCAAACAUCUCAGCAACAAGCAGCAAUUCAGCAGCAGACUGUAACUUUGGUGAGACCAGGUACUGACUCUCCACAGCAACGCCUCACAGGCAACACACAAACCAAUGCAUUUGUGGCUCCUGCAGCUAUCUCCACUGCCAGUCCGAUUGCAUCCUUCUCACUGCCAACAAACAGAGCUUUGCCAGCUACAAACAAGUCUAUGUCUGUCUCCAAAGCACCGGGCUCUGCUGGAACUGUUGGCACUAAAAUUCAGGGUCAGUUACAGAUUCCAUCUGGAUUAACAUCUGAAAACCCUCAGGACAAGUUGGCUGAGCAGGUAAAACUGGAAAACCAUGUCCAUCAGCGCAUUGCAGAGCUGCGGAAGGAAGGUUUGUGGUCCUUAAGGAGGUUACCUAAGAUUCAGGAGCCUUCUAGAGCAAAAUCACACUGGGAUUACCUGCUGGAAGAAAUGCAGUGGAUGGCUGCAGACUUUGCCCAAGAGAGGAUGUGGAAACAGGCCAGUGCUAAGAAGCUGGUCAGAAAAGCAGCUCGUUAUCAUGACGAAAAGAAGAUGCAUUUUGAAAGGGCGAAGAAAGAGGAAGAGAACAAACUAAAACGUAUUGCUGCUUCAAUCGCCAGGGAAAUUGAGUAUUUUUGGUCAAAUAUUGAACAGGUUGUGGAAAUAAAAUUACAAAUGGAGUUUCAAGAAAAAAGGAGGAAAGCACUAAAUUUAAACACUGAAUCCAUGAAAGGUCCACUAAAGGCAAUUGAAGAGGCAUGUGUGAAACGGGACACCAAUAAGGCUUCACCUACCUCGAGAAAGAGAAAAGCAAGUUCAUCAUGGAGUGAUGGGGCAGUUGAAGAUGAAGAGGAAACAAUUGCAGAGCAAGAGAGUAAAGAAGGGAAUAUUGAUCAUCAUGCUGAACUGUGUGAAUUAGCUCGGGAAGCGGAUCUUCCCCUCGAUGAUUUAGUGAAGCAGUAUGAAGGGGCAUAUGAUCAGAAUUUUCACUGGCCUCAGACUUUGCCACAAAGCGAGGAAAGCAAUAAUGCAAAAAAUGAAUCUGAUGAGGCCACAGUUGAGUCAGCUGACUAUCAGAAACCCACAGUUCUCAUUGACUUUCUGCUCUGCGCUGAUCAAUACCGAAUGGCAGAUGUAGCAAGUUCUGGGCACUUAGGCUCCAGGAAACACACAAGAGACAUUGGCGACGUGGCUAGAGCAGCAGAACUGCUUCUUCCUAAUGGCAAUGCCCGAAUCACUUCUACUGAAAAGAAGAAACUUCCUUGCCUUCUUCAUGGCAGUCUCCGGGAUUACCAGCAGGUUGGAUUGGACUGGCUGGAAAAGCAGUACAAAAAGAACCUUAAUGGGAUUUUGGCUGAUGAGACAGGACUUGGAAAAAACGUCCAAGUGAUAGCUCUAAUGGCACAUCUGGCCAGUAGUGAAGGUAAUUGGGGCCCUCACCUCAUUGUGGUACGAAGCUGUAAGAUUUUGAAGUGGGAGUUGGAGUUUAAGCGAUGGUGUCCAGGAUUGAAAGUUCUUUUAUACUUCGGCAAGCAAAGAGAGCUCAGAAAAAAGAGACAGAAAUGGGAUGAGCCAAACAGCUUCAAUGUGUGCAUCACCUCAUAUAAACACUUAUUCAAGAGCCAUCAGGCCUUCAUGAAGAAGAGGUGGAAGUAUUUGGUUCUGGAUGAAGUACAUCAGAUCAAAAACAUGACAGAAAAACACUGGGAUGCUGUCUUCAAUUUACCAAGCCAUAAUCGGCUGCUAUUAAGGGACACCCCCCUUAUGAACACAUGGAGGGAUCAUUGGACCAUGGUGCAUUUCCUAAUUCCUGGCCUAUCGCAACCAUACUUGGAAUUCCCACUCAAAAUUAGUACUGAAGAAAACCAAGAAAAUUGCCACAAGCUUUUCAUAACUUUGCACAGGACAGUUCGACCAUUUAUCCUAAGAAGGUCAAAGAAAGAUGUGGAGAAACAGCUGACCAAAAAAUAUGAGCAUGUCUUAAAAUGCCGCCUUUCUAAUCGUCAGAAGGCUCUGUAUGAGGAUGUCAUUUUACAGCCAGGAACACAGGAUGCUUUGAAGGGAGGGCAUUUUGUGAGUGUUCUUCAUGUCCUAAUGCAGCUACAAAGAAUUUGCAACCACCCGGAUCUAGUUGAUCCUCGUCCUGAGCAUUCUUCAUUUGUAUGUGAAACACUCCAGUACAGGACGGCCUCUCUUAUACUGCAAGUUCUGGAAAAAGAUCCAUGGAAGAUUACAGAUAUGUCUUUGUUUGAUCUGUUUGGUUUGGAGGAUAAAAUUACUCGCUAUGAAGUUCAGACUCUCCCUGGACAAAAAGUAACCAGAAAACAAAUGGAAGAAAUUUAUGCCUCACCUGAGUCUGCACCUCGACCAACUCCAGUGAAAAUUAAACCCAGCAGGUUAUUUCAGCCAGUUCAGUAUGGGCAGAAGCCAGAGGGUCGAACUGUCACAUUCUCAAAUGUUCCAGCAUCUCGCAUGGUGACUACAACUACAGCCACAGUUACCCAGCAGGGGCAAGCUCGAGGGCGUUCUCCAGUUACCACUGCCUCCUGCAAUCAGGGUGGUGACGUGGUAAAAAUUGCUCAGCUAGCAGCAAGUGGUGGAACCCAAGGCAGAAUUGCACAACCGAAGACCCCAGUGACCCUUCAGUUUCAAGGCAACACAUUUACCCUGUCCCAAAGCCAACUCCGUCAGCUUACUGCAGGCCAGCCUCUUCAGCUACAAGGCAGUGUACUUCAGAUUGUGUCAGCCCCGGGACAGCCAUACCUGCGGCCUCCAGGCCAAAUGAUAAUGCAGACUGUGCCUCAGAGUGGUGCCAUACAAAAUGCGAUAAAUGCCCUGGGAAACCAGCUUCCUGCAGGCAUGUCCUGUGUCACUUCAGCCCAAUCAGGAAUACCGGGACGAACCUUAAUGCCCCAUGGAUGUGGGGAUCCAGGCGCUGCACUAAAAUCAUCAUCAUCCUUUACUCCAGCUCAGGAGUUUGCAGAAGAAAAGCAGCGUUUGAUGCGAGAGUGUCUAGACCGCCUCUUCUCCUCUAAUGAGCGAAACUGUGGGCGAGCCCCAGUGUAUGGAGCAGAUUUGUUGUCUAUCUGCUCUUUAAAUGCUGCAGGAGCUGAACCUUCCAUAUCUGGAUCACAGUGGGGCUGGGCAGGUUCGGCAAACUGUUUACGGUCUUCCAAUUUACUUGAUGAUACCAGUGAUCCUUUGCGCCAUCUUAUCCUGUCUCCUUGUCAAGAUAAGGCAACCCAAGAAUUUCUCAAUAAAAGGACACUUUGUGUGGUCCCAUCUGUGAUUGCUGCUCCACCAGUUCUGACCAUGCCACAUCCACCCCCUCGUUAUACUCACAGUAUGAAUCUUCUGCGGGAUGGUUUGAAGGAGCAAGUAGCUCCACAUUUACAUCAUCUUCUGAGGCAAACUUCCCCUCAUUGCAUGCAGUUUCCCGAUUUAAGGCUCAUUCAGUGGGACUCUGGAAAGCUGGAUGCACUUGCCGUACUUCUCAGGAAGCUGAGAUCUGAAGGUCGCAGGGUUCUUAUCUUCUCCCAGAUGCUUUUGAUGUUGGACAUCUUGGAGCUUUUCCUGGACUUCCAUGCUCUGACCUUUCUGAGGAUUGAUGAAUUUGCAAAUUAUGACCAGUGCUAUGACCUGAUGAAAAGCUUUAACCAGGACCCCCGAAUCUUCUGCCUACUGAUAUCCACACACAGCCACUCUCUUGGGGUUCCCUAUGUAGAAGCGAAUACAGCAAUAUUUUAUGACAGUGAUUUAAAUCCUGUCAUGGAUUCAAGAGCCCAGGCCUGGUGUGAGCGCAUUGGUAGAACAAAAGAUGUUCACAUUUACAGGCUAGUAAGUGCAAAUUCCAUUGAAGAGAAGCUGUUGAAGAAUGGUACUAAGGAUUUGAUCAGAGAGGUUGCUGCUCAGGGAAAUGAUUUUUCUAUGGCUUUUUUAACACAGCAAACAAUUCAUGAGUUAUUUGAGCUCUAUUCACCUCUGGAUGACACGGGAUUUGGUGAGAAAGCAGAGGAGUUCAUAAUGCUCUCUCAAGAACCAUCUCAAACAGAGACAAUAGCUACAAAGUUUGCCAAACCAUUUAUAGAGGCUCUUAAAAGCAUAGAGAAUGGAGCGGAGCAAGAGGAAGAGUUUUUGAAAGGAGAUGCCAAAAAGAACUUUGCAGUAGAUAGCUGCUGCCAUUCUAUAGAAGCAUCCGAACUGAUGGAAUUGGCUGCUGUUGUGGAGCAGCUUACUCCCAUUGAAAAAUAUGCUUUGAACUAUCUUGAGGAAUUCUACACAUCCAGUGCCAAGGGAAAGGCAGAAAUAAUAGAGCAGCUAAAAUCCACAAAGACAAAGUGGGAGGUCCAGAAUUUAAAAGAGACAAAGGAUUGGGAAGAUGAAAUGGUUUUAGAAGAAUCAGGGGAAGAUCUCCUGACUUAUACAAGAGAAGAUGCAUAUAAUAAGGAGUUUAUUUAUGACAGUCCAGAUGGACAAACUGAAAUCAUGCCAAUUUGGACUCCUCCUACCCCUCCUCAAGAUGAGAAUGAUAUCUAUAUUGAUUCCGUUAUGUGCCUGAUGUAUGAUAGCAACCCUAUCCCAGAGUCUAAACUACCCCCAGUCUAUGUGAGGAAGGAGCGUAAAAGACACAAAACAGAUCCAGGAGCUGCAGGUCGAAAAAAAAAGCAGAGACAUGGAGAAUCUGUUGUUCCUCCCCGCUCACUCUUUGAUAGAGCCACACCAGGCAUGCUGAAGGUCCGAAGGGAGGGCAAAGAACAGAAAAAGAACAUCCUUCUGAAGCAGCAAACCCAGUUUGCUAAACCUCUUCCAACACUUGUUAAACCAGCAACAGAAUCUGGGCCAGACAACCCAGAGUGGCUGAUCAGUGAGGACUGGGCUCUGUUACAGGCUGUGAAGCAUCUCUUGGAACUCCCUCUCAACCUUACAGUAGUUUCACCAGCACAUACUCCCAACUGGGAUCUAGUGAGUGAUGUGGUUAACUCCUGCAGCAGGAUAUACAGAUCAUCCAAACAAUGCCGCAGCCGGUACGAAAACGUCAUCAUUCCAAGAGAAGAAGGAAAGCUCAUGUUUGAAGCCAAUCCUAAGAAGAAAACAAAAAGUAUUUACAAGACAAAGAACAGCCGUCCCCUUCGCACUAGUCAGAUUUAUGCCCAGGAUGAAGGCGUGACACAUACACAACUUUACACCAAUCGCUUUGAGUUGAUGAAAAUGACUGCAGGAAAAAGAAGCCCUCCAAUCAAACCACUAUUAGGGAUGAACCCUUUCCAGAAAAAUCCAAAGCAUGCAUCUGUCCUUGCAGAAAGUGGAAUUAAUUAUGACAAGCCCCUUCCUCCAAUCCAAGUGGCAUCCCUCCGAGCUGAGCGCAUUGCCAAAGAAAAGAAGGCGUUAGUAGAGCAGCAUCACAGAGCCCAACAACAAACGGGCUCGCAGACUGCACAACAGCCUCAGCAAAACGGACAGCAGGUAUCUUCUCCAGUUGUCCAACCUGCCCAAGCACAGCCUCAGCAAGUGGUACCGCAGCAGGUGAUUCAGCAGUCACAGCCAGUCGUCCCAACAGCCACAUCAGCUGUACCAGCCACAGCAGUUCUGGCUGGAGCUAUUAAAACAGCAGUGACUGGAGCAAGUAUACAAGCAGCUGCUGUCAGUGGGAAUGUUAUUGUGAACACUGUUGCAGGUGUCCCUUCUGCCACUUUCCAACCUAUUAACAAGAGACUGGCAUCACCCGUCAUACCUGGAACCCUUACGGCUCCUAGUGGAUCUCCACAGGUGGUUCAUACACAACAGAGGGCUGCAGCAGCCGCAGCUGCUCCUGCAGAGAUGGUCACUAUUGCAACAAAUCAGGGUGUACGAGCCGUGACACCUGUGACAGGAGGUGCUGUAGUUUGCAGCAGCAUUACCCCUGCCCAGACCCAGACUAGACCCAUAGUGACACAGGUGACAACAGCCACUACAGCAGGGGUUCAGCUGGCCAGUAAAAGCAUCACUCCAGCUCAGCUUCAGAUGCUUAGACAACAGCAGGCAGCCCAGGUUCAGGUCCCACAGAUCCAGGCUCAAACACAGUCGCCAGGGCAGAUAAAAGCUGUUGGAAAAAUAUCCCAAGAACAGCUGCUUAAGCUGCAAAAACAGAAGAUGCAGCUCCCUCAGCAAACAACUCAAGCAACAGCUCAGCAGUCCCAGUCAGCUCCAGCAGCACCUGUCCAGGGGCAACAGCAGCCACAGCAGACACAAGCACAGCAGCAAACUCAGCAGCUUGCCGCAGUCAGUGCACCAAGAGCUGGAGCUGUACUAACAGGGGCCACUGUUGCAAACCUGCAAGUGGCUCGUCUGCUUCAGGCUCAAGGGCAAAUACAGGCCCAGCCAGGGCAAACAGCACAGGUCACUCUGGCAAAGCCUCCUGUGGUAUCUGCUGUAGUGUCAUCUGCUGGAGUCACCACCCUUCCGGUUACAGUAGCUGGAAUCAGUGUUGCUAUUGGGCAAAAUCAAAAAGCUGCAGGUGGGCAGGCAGUGGUCGCUCAGCCUCUGAAUGUCCAGCAGCUUCUAAAGCUAAAGCAACAACAGCAAAAAGCUCUACAAUCCCAGGCAGCUACAGGACAAGCUGCAGUGCAGCAACCAAAGAUUACAGCACCGCAAGUAGCCGUACAAACCCAGCAGCAACAGCAGCCACAGCAACAGGGGCAGCAACAGCAGCAGAAAAUGACAUAUACCGCCCAGCCAGCCAUUAAAACUCAGUUCCUUGCUGCCCCUAUCAACCAGGCCCAAAAGUCACCAGGGGCCCAGCAGGUGCAGGGGCAGAUUCAGGUUGCAAAGCUUCCUCAGGUGGUUCAGCAGCAGGCAGCAGUGACGCAGGCAGCAGUGGCAAAUAUCCCGCAGAUGGUACCAUCUUCCCAACAGGUUCAGCCUCAAACUGUGACGCUAAGCCAGGCAACAGCAGCAGGGCAGCAGCAGCAAGUGCAAGUAUUGCCUGCAGGUUCAGCAGCAGCCCAAGUAGUGCAACAAAAGAUGGUCCAGCAGCAGCAACAGGUGGUGUCCUCAGCAGGUGCACAACAGAUCCAGGCUUCCGUGAACCAGAGCACAACCCCAGCACUAGGUGCCAAUGAUACACAAGCCCAGCAGGCCAAGCUGCAAGUACGAACUCCAACUGUCAGGAUAAAUGCUCCCACAAAGCCCAGCUGAAUGUCUCAGCCCCAAGGAUUAUGGCUCUGUGAGAGUUUCACAAAAACCAAUGACAGAAAAUAUUUUCCAUUAAGCAUAAUUAGACGAGAGCCCGGGGGCAACUGCAAAUUUUGGAGAAUUUCUCUUUCAAGCUCAUAAAAACUGGCCUUCCAAGCAUGUGUCUGGGCUGAAUUUACACAGGCCUGAUAAAUGGAAUACAUACAAAUAUGCAUGUUUUGAACAUUGCAUUGGGACUCAACUGUUUUUAUUUUUAAUCCAUCAGCUCUGGUUUGAUUCCAGUACAAAAAACCUGGAGGCCAAGAUCAUUGUGGAAAAGCAUCUUUUAGUGUGUCAAAAAUAUGUAUUCAUCAAAUGUCUGUUGUUCCUGGGGCAUAAUAAUCUUCCCCUUUUAGACUACUGCUAUAUGUUAUGGUAGGGUCACAGCUGUGCAGAUGGGAAUGUAUUCCCUUGUAUUGUGUAAAAUGAUAGUACUGCACAUAUAAGAACAUGCACUUUCCAUUGAUCAAAUAAUAUAGUUUGUGUCAGAAAAAAAGGAAAUAUAAGUGGAAUUUUACAAAUGCAGUAACAACAUUGGGUACAUGAAGGUCCUACACCCCCAGUUAGAGCCUUUGGACUGUAUACUUAUACACUGGUCACAUAUCAAGGCAGUGUUGCAGAUAGUUCUAUGCUGCUCUUUCCAGUAUUUGCAUAAUAUAAACUAUUUAUAUUGCUUGCAAGUGUGUAACACUUUUAGACCCUAUACCUUUUGGAUACCUGUCUCUGGUAAUAUAUAUAUAUAAUAUAUAUAGGAGAUGUUCAUUUGGUACAGCCAUCUCAGUGUGUGUUUUUUUUAAGAUGUAAAGUUUAUUUUCCACAUUUGCGGUCUCCAACAUUUCAUACUGAGCAGCUAUUUGUGAUUAAAGAAGAAGGCCAUAUCAACUGAAAAAAAAGAGGCUUUCAUUUGUCCAUGUUCUGUGACCAUUCUAGGUACUGACAGCUCUAACUGGUACAAUAAAGAGCAGGCUGGGAGUAAGCCGUAGCAUCCUGGCCAAUGAAGAUUUUAUGUUCUUUUAGUUCUUGUGUACAGAUUAUUACAUUUCGAGCUUUUGAUGUAGUGAUUUUAUAACAUUUUGCACUUUUUACACUUUGUACUUCCCUCCCAUAAACUAUGAGGACAUUUAGGAAGCAAUUUAACCCUUAAAAAAUGUGCAGUAAUUCUGACCUGUAGUGAUGAAUACAACAGGGAAAAUCUACUUUAUAAAUUUAGCCCUUCAGUAUUAUUUCAGUAUAUUGAAAUAGUAAGCAAAAUCAAUUUCAUGUGUUUUACAUAUUAUACAAUCUGAAAAGACCCUGAACAAAUCUAGUAAGCAUCGUUACCACAAAACUGUUUCAGCUAUCUGUAGCAUAACUAUAACUUCUGAGCCCUUUUGUUUCCAAGUUUUACUUUUAAAGUAAAAAUAGAGGUAACAUCAGUUAUGUGCAAUCUGUGGCCCUACAGAUAUGCAAUUCCCAGCACCCCCUGACUCUCCCUUUAAGAGUGUGGAUGCGCAAUGUCAUACGUAGUACAUGAUGUCCAUGUAUGAAACACUGCAAUAUCUUAGCCUUACUGGGCUAUUAGAUCCACUUGUCUGAAGAACUGACAACCACAUCAUUGGUUUUUUACAGUGUUGGGAGGCUGCAAUCUGUACCCAAAUCAUGGCCAUGUCACUUUAGUAAAAGAGUUGAUUAAGUUGAAUUAGUAGAAAUGAAGUAGAUGGAAAUAUGUUGUACAUCUUGGAACAAAUUGUUCUCAUGUAACCUGCAUUUAAAUGUGUAAUUGCUUAUGCAUGGGUGUCUGUAAUGCUUUGUCACUUGUCCUCAUAACUGUCGUUUUCCGUUUGCCAAUUUAAAUGUUUUUGUUACAUAUAAAUAUAUAUAAAUAUACAUCUGUAUAAUUUAAAAUAUGACCCCUGCCCUUGACCUGCUAGAGACACAUAUACGUACAUUUGUUGUGUGUCUGUGGCUGAGAGAAGGAUGAAGGUCGGUGCUUUUGAACCAUACUGUGUUCAACAUGUACAUAGUUUGUGAAGACACAUUUGUACGUGUUGUAGAACCAUAGUGAGUUGUGCGUUACACAUUGCCAGUGUAAUAAAGGAUACUUUUUUUUUUUAA